ACUCAGCAUUCCCAAGAUGGCGUCUUCCAGUAGCAAAAAGAAAGUUGAUCUUCGAGAUUUGAUGAAAAAACAACGGGCAGAGAGUAAAGCAACAUCGAAAAGAAUAGAGUCGCCCUUAGCCAAAUAUCCUUUUUCAUAUAGAAGUACAAAUUGUGGGAAAUGUGAUAUGGAGGAGCAUGUGAAAACGUAUAACAGUGUAGGCCAGCUUGUGUGUGUGGUUUGUAACUGCCAAGUGAAGAGUGAGAUUGUCUGGCCAGCGCAUCUCCAAGGAAAGAAGCAUAAAGAGAAUUUAUCAGCAUUGAGGCAAGGAAAUGCACCCAAUGUUCCCCAGCAGAAACCAGUCUCAACACAGCUUCACACAACGCAAACAACAGCCAAAAGGAAAGCGGAGUAUGAAGUGACCUCAACUGUUUCAGAGAAGAAACCAAGAGAAAGCAGUGCACUUGGUUCAACAAAGGGUCUUCCUGCAGGAUUUUUUGACAAUGAGAUCAAAAGCCCGCCCUCUGUAGAUGAAGCUAAGAAAUCAUCCAGCAGUUCAGUGUCGGAGACUGUUGUGUCGUCUUCACUCCCAUCAGAUUUCUUUGAUUCUGGAGCACCUUCUAAAGCCGCGUCUAAACCUUCUGGCGACGAAGAAGUCAGCACAUCCAACACUACAAACGGCAAAACUAAAGAAAGAAAGCCGUCGACUACUGCAGAGGCAAUCCCCGAAGGAUUCUUUGACGAUCCAGUUAUGGAUGCUAAGGUCCGUAAAGUUGAAGUCAAAAACACCAUGGAGGAGGAAUGGAGCAAAUUCCAGAAAGAAAUGCAAGAAGAAAACCAGGUGUCGGAGAAUAUUCAAGUCGAGGAUGAGGAGGCGGCCCAGGUGGACAGAAACAUUGACGAGAUUGAUGAACAGAUACACUGCUUUGCCAAAGUGGAAGCGCUGCGGGACAAGCAGGACACCAUCAAGUCCGAGAUGGAGGCGAAGAUGCUGCAUCAACCCUCAAAGAGCAAGACAGAGGAAGGCAACAGCGGCAGUGCAGACGAGGCCGAGUUUGAGGAGUUUCUGGACUGGAGGUCAAAGGGUGCCUGGAAAUGAAUAACUUGACAAUUAGUGGACUCUGUAUGAACAGUGGAUGGUGGUUUGUGACCAUUUGUAAGAGGUCCGUGAGAGAGACAUGUGUUUCUGUUCUACAUAACCCCCAAGGACCGACACACAAAGGGAGAACAACAGAUCCUUUCAGUCCUCGGGAGUUAAGUCUUUUGUUGGAAACGGUCCUCUGUAGUAAGUUUGUGUGCUUAGUCUAUGGGAGAGUGUUAUAUUACAGGGACAAAGGGAAACACAAAGCAUUGUCCUCGAGAGUAAAGUAAACUCGACUGUGUGCACACAAUCUGUGUGUUUGGAGUGAAGUACGCAUGUCGUACGCUGAAUGUACUCAAAACGUGUUUGACACUCGCAUGAAUGUAAGCUGUGUAGUGGCAGUGCAUUUCAGUCCCUCCUCAUUCGCUCUUUGUAACCAAGCGAGGGGGUACUUGUGCAUGGGAUCCAUUCUGUGCACAAAUGAGCCAACCUUAUCAGGCGAAUGACUGUCCAGUGGUUUUGAUAGCCACGUACAUGUAAGACUUUUAACCAUGCAGGCUAGUAGAGUUAAGCAUAAGGAAAUGAAAGAUAUUUCAAGAUUCAAUCCGUUCUGUUCUGCAAAUUUCUCUUCAGACAGCUUGGUUUUUCUGACGAUGAAAUCACAACACUAGUCUGGGUAUGUUUGAAGACUGGAUGCUGAAGUCCACAUGAACAAGACAUCAGUCAGGUUGACUAUGGAGAUUACUCUAAAUGAACAAGACAUCAGUUGGGUUGACCAUAGAGAUUACUCUAAAUGCAUACAAGUUAGAAAGUGUGGGCACUUCAAUUGGUCAUGAUAAAUACAAAUACAUGUAUAAGCAGAUGAUGUCCACAUUUUUCUCUCAAUAUCCACAUGUACAGUACAAGCUUUGUAUCGGCACCAUUGAGAAAUACAUGACGCUCUAGCUUCAUAUUCACUUUGUUUGUUUAAUCCCAUUGUGUCCAACGUAAAAUGGAGACAUCCUAGAAGUACUUUAUUACCUUUGAAAAGAAUAAAAUAUUGUUUGAAAUAUGAACCUGUA